AUGGUGGAUUACAGCAAAUGGAAGAAUAUCGAAAUUUCAGAUGACGAAGAUGAUACGCAUCCAAAUAUUGAUACACCAUCCUUAUUUAGAUGGCGUCAUCAAGCACGAAUGGAAAGAAUGGAAGAGCGCAAAAGAGAACAAGAGGAACACGACAGAAAGAAAAUAGAAACAUUGCAAAAACUCAAAGAUACAAAGGAGAAAUUAGCCAAAUUAAAAGAUGAACAUAGUGAUUCAGCUGACUUAACAACAUUGAAAAAAGUUAUUCAGGAUCUUGAACAGGAGCAGGAAAAGAUUAAGGAGGAGGAGAAAGAAAUGGAAAAGAAGGAAAGAUUGACGCCAUGGAAUGUAGAUACUAUUGGACAAGAUGGCUUCACAAAAACUGUAAUAAAUACGAAGCCUGCUAGGAGGGAUGAUGACAGCAGUUUAUCUGAUGAAGAAAAGGAAAAACGAAUGAAGCAAUUUGUUAAAGAUAAUGAGAAGAAACUAAAAGAGUUUGGCAUGCUAAGAAAAUAUGAUGACAGCAAGAAAUAUUUGCAAGAUCAUCUGUAUUUGGUUUGCGAGAAUACGGCAAAUUAUUUGGUCAUCUGGUGCAUUAAUUUGGAAAUGGAAGAAAAACAUAAUUUGAUGGAGCAUGUUGCGCAUCAAUGCAUAUGUAUGCAAUACAUAUUGGAGCUAUCUAAACAACUGGAUGUUGAUCCGCGAGCAUGUGUUGGUUCCUUUUUCAGUCGCAUUCAGAUCGCUGAAGUGGAAUAUAAAAACUCCUUCGAUGACGAACUUAGAGCGUUUAAAGACAGAAUACGCAAAAGAGCAGCAGAAAAGGUGGCUGACGCGGUUAGAGAAGCAGAAGAGGAGGAAAGAAAGGCUCGUUUGGGUCCCGGUGGACUCGAUCCGGUCGAAGUGUUUGAAAGUCUUCCAGAGGCUUUACAGAAAUGUUUCGAAGCGCAAGAUAUUCCCUUGUUGCAACAAACAAUAGCCGCGAUGCCGGAAGAAGAGGCGACAUACCACAUGAAACGUUGCGUCGAUAGCGGUCUAUGGGUUCCCGAUGCCAAAAACAAGGAGAAGGAAAAGGAAAACAAGGAGGAAGAGGAGCAACCAAUUGUCGCGGAAAAGACACCAGAUCCGGAAUAACGCAUUUAAGUUGCAUCCUAUUAUCGAAAAAAUCAGUAUCUCAUUUACAUCACUUCUUUACAUAAUACGAAACGGGUACAUAAUAAAGUUGUUAUCUCUCCGAAUUCUUCUGGCAAUAUGCAAUUAUUAUUUCCAUCAGCUUUUUCUUUCGUCACCGUCAUAUUCGUCAUUUUGUUGGCACGCUGUUAACUUGAGCCGAAUUAGUUUACAAGACUGAGUUGUCGUUUCUAAAAUAGAAAACUUGGCAUAAAAUAUGUAAUAUGAUUAUCAAGUAGCACAAGUUAGCGCCGAAGUGCUAUAUAUAAUCUUCACUUUGUACAUGGUUUGUGUUAUUACCGAAAUUGCCUUUCUAU